CCUCUCCCCCUGCUUUUCUGUUUUCUUUUCCCAGCCAGGCAUGAACCCUCCCGGCAGAGAGCCGGCAGGAAGCCCGGCUGAGAGCAACGCAGGUUCUGCUCCUUCCUCCCAUUCCUCCCAUUCCUCCUCCUCCAUGGGACAGGCUGCCUCCUCUGCAGGGGAUCCCCAGCAAUACGCCUGGGAAUUUCUGGAGUGGUUCCAAGCCCAUAAAAUCAAGACGGGGCUGCUGAAUUUUUUCGUUUUGUAUGCUUCCUUGCCAUUCCUCAUCCGGCUGUUUCCUCCGCUGUUGCAAAAGUUUGUCUACCUCAAUUUUUUGAGUUAUCCCUUUUGGGUGGACUACCAGAAGCCCGAAGUCUAUUUGAACCACACCAGGAACUUCUAUCUCACCUCUGAACCUGGGAUCAACAUCGGCAUCUGGCUGCAAAGAGCAACAAGCCACAGAGUCCUUUUCACAAAGGUCAUGAGUGAUAAUGACUUCCAUGUGCUGGCUGUUGACUACAGAGGCUAUGCCGACUCCACUGGCCAUCCGAGCGAGAACGGGUUCACGACGGACAUCCUCUGCGUUUACAACUGGGUCAAAGCACGGAGCGGGAACAGCACCGUAAUCUUCUGGGGUCACUCCCUCGGCACGGGAAUUGCAACCAACACGGCAAAGAAGCUGCAAGAAAUAGAUGGAGUUAUCGUGGACGCCAUCGUCCUGGAGGCUCCUUAUACCAACAUCAGAGACGCCGCAGCCAAUAUCCCCUUUACCAAAAUCUACCGCAAGUUUCCUGGUUUUAAAUAUUUUGUCUUGGACACAAUGGCCCGAGCUGACAUGUACUUUGAAAAUGAUAAAAAUGUCAAAAUCUUAUCCAGUCCUCUCUUGAUCUUGCACUCGGAAGAUGAUAAAGUCAUACCUGUGCAGUUGGGGAAAAAGGUCUUUGAAAUUGCUCACAACGCCUCCGAGAAGAAAGACCACGUCCAGUUUAUUCCCUUCCCUGCCUCCAUGGGCUUGGGCCACGACUACAUUGCCGCCAACCCUGAACUUGCAUCUAUUCUCAAAAACUUCCUCAAGAGCGUUAAGUGACACCUUCUUUGCCAAAUCCGCUCACAACUUUGAGACCACGCAUCACAUCCUCGCACACCAGCAAGGAGACUUUCCAUUCCAGAACUGCCACUGAUAUAAUAAUAAUAAUUAUUAUUCUAAAUAAAAGAAACUACGACGACAAA